CUGAUCGUUGUAAAGAUGUUCAGCAGAUCCGAGAGCAGCACCCGAACAAAAUCCCGGUCAUCAUCGAGCGCUACAAAGGGGAGAAACAGUUGCCAGUGCUGGACAAGACCAAGUUCCUUGUCCCAGACCAUGUCAACAUGAGUGAAUUGGUCAAAAUAAUCCGGCGCCGCUUGCAGCUGAAUCCCACCCAGGCGUUCUUCCUACUGGUGAACCAGCACAGCAUGGUCAGCGUGUCCACCCCCAUCUCGGAGAUCUACGAGCAGGAGAAGGACGAGGAUGGCUUUCUCUACAUGGUCUAUGCUUCCCAGGAGACCUUUGGCUUCUGAGUGCUGCUGAGGUGGCAUGUGGAGACAGACGAACUGUGGCGCAGAGGCUCUCGGCCUCGGAAGACAACACAGCCAGAGGCUC